AUGAGUUUUGUCUCCGUUCCGCCUCGAUUUCUAGCGUGGCAGAUGAAUUGCUUCGAUCGACCUCCUUCUCAGCUUCAUAUUCUUCGACCCAGGGGCGGUGAAGAGCUUAUUCUCGACGAAACACAACUGAGAAUGAUUGUCAACGAGAAGCAUCCAAACUCGGGGUUCAUUUCUACGCACUUUGCGGCAAUAAGUAGGAACUACAAGACUCUUCGCUACCUUAUUCAAUUGGGAGCGAAAGUGGAUGCAUUGGAUCAAGUGGGGCAGACGCCGUUGAUGAAGGCCUUGAGGUUCAAGCCUUUGAAUAAGGAUGCCCAAAGAAAGCAAAUGAAAUGCAUCAAAACCCUCCUGGACGCCGGGACUGAUGUCGACCACAAAGACAAGUAUAAGUUAACCGCUACUGAUCAUGCAACGAGAAAUGGCAUUGACUUCUUCCACACCCUGCUCGAUAGAAAACUUGAAGAACAAAGCCAUCGAUUUUCAGAUCCUCCCCCUGAUACUGAUUUUGAAGAAAUCCCGAUCCCUUCGGCGAAAGUCGAGAUUGAAGAAAAAAUGCAAAACUUGAAACUUGAAGAAAAUGACCCUUAUCGAGACGCUGGUGAAACGCCCGUGCCAUCUACGAAUUACAGUUAUAAAUAUGAAGGCAAUACUUUCGACCCUUACGAAGAAGAAAUAGUUAAGAAUGAAGACACAAGUUUUGAGGAGGUCGAUAUUGAAGAAUUUGAAAAACGACAGAGUCGUUCGAUCUCGGCUAAUACAGAAAAAACUGACAGCAGCUGGGUCAAGGCUGACUCCGACUGGAAUUCGAAGGAUGUGCAAAACCAGGCUGCACAGCUUGUUGAAGCAAUGAAAAACUCUGAAGAAAUCGAACAGGUGCUUCCAGGUCUUAGUUCUUACCUACACAUGUCGUAUAACGGAACUCCGCUUGGUUUUCAAGUACUUCAGUCUCCAAUGGCCUUGCGUUACGAAUAUUUAACGACAUUAAUUGACCACGGAUUUGAUGUCAACUUUUUGGAUUGCGAGAAACGUCACAUCGUCGAGUACUUUCUUGAAGAGCUUGAAUUCGGGACCCAAGAAGAUCUCGAAUUCAUGCAGUUAAUUGCCGAAGAUACAAGAAUUGAAUGGAAGAAAAAAGUCUCCGGGGGUGAAAAUUUGUAUGAGAAGCUUUGGAAAACACCUGGUCAGAAAGCAUACCUCCUUCGAGACGAUCUGAAUGCACAACUAAGAAACUUGCAAAUAAAUGGCAAUCUCCCCUUCAAAGAGCGUCCGAUUCCAGCGAUGUCACUUACCAAAGGCAUUCAUGAGCAGAUAUUUAAGAAAAAUCAUGAGGCAGUAACGAGCAUUCUUAUUGAAAAGCCUUCUGUGAUGGAUACAAGAAACUGGAAAAAUUAUGCAACACCUCUUCACCUUGCUGCGGAGCUACGAUUAGAUGAUACUGUCAGACAUAUGCUGUCUCCCUCCAUUUUACAAUUCGGCAAAGUAACAAUCAAUGCAAAAGAUUGUUUCGGCUGUACUCCAAUUAUGCGCCUUUUUGUCACAACUCCUGCUCAUGCCCUUCGCAAUGUAGAUAAUAAUAUAGCUAUUGUUAACUCAAAACUAACCGCGAGCAUUCUUGAACUCUGUAAAAUGAUGAUCGAUGUCGAAGGGAUUGAUGUGAACAUUCAAGAUCUCGACAAAUGCACAGUCCUCCACUACUUCAUCGCAUGUUUCGUUGAUUGCCUCGCACUUAGCUGGUUCCAACUUUUCAAAGAGUCUCUUCGAAUCGUUGAAGCUUUCAUGGAGGCGGGGGCCGACGUUCAUAUAAUGAACAACUUCGGUCAGACUCCUCUUUCUAUCGCAAAAACAGCGCCAAAUCCAAACAAAAACCUCAUUCGCAUUCUUGAGUCUUACGGAACAAGCAUGCUUACAAGACUAUUCAACCUCAAGAAACAAGUCAACGAGCCAAAAAACAAGCCUGAGUUUUUCAAAAGAAAAGAUGUUCAGCCGUAUCUCCAACAAAUCAGCAAGAAAUUCCCUAAUGUAGGGCCAAGUCAGAUGAGUUUUCCACAAGUCCAGCAAGGUGCUGAUGAAAUCGUGAAACAACUGGAGCCCUACUACACAACUUUUCUGGACAUAAAAGUGUUCCGAGACCAUGUUUACGAAUGUCUGAGGAUAAUAGACGAGCUUUUUAUGCAGCUCAAUAUUUCGAUAAACUCACAUCUGACGAUUGGCUACCUGACAUUGGUGGAGAAUUAUGUGAAGAUCUGCAUUAUGCUUUCAAGAGUGGACGAUCGAAAAAUGAUCAUGGGAGUUUACAGCCACGCGUACGAACAUCAAAACAACUGCUGCGAAGCAAACUAUGUCGAGUUAGCAGAAUUCAUCCAAGACUACUAUGAUCCUAUCAAGAAGCUUUCCGAUGAGUUUACCAGAGAUCACCAGCGCGUGCUCAAGCAAGCGAUCGAGAGUUGCGUCAAUGUGUACAAUGAGAGAUCGGCAUUUGUGGAUAAGUGGAAUAAGACGGAGUUUUUGUCGAUGAUCGCGGCACCAGCGAAGUCGUUUUUGACGCCGAGUUAUUCGCAUUUUGAUAUGACGACUUGUGAGCUCAUUCCACUGGAAUCACUAGAAACGUGGAUAUUUUUCUCCUAUCUUCUCUGCUACUCUCAAUUCAACAGCUCAAAAGAAAUCACCGCGAUGUGGAAACGCGUCAUGUCGAUGAACUUUACCCUAACCCUCUUCCGAAACGAUGUCAUCGACGUGAUCAAAAUGUCAGAAUCCACCCUAGAACGAGCAAAAGAAGCGAAAAAGCUGAUCAAGGAAAUGGAGUCAACUGCGAUCAAGAAUUGCGCCGGCACGCAUCGCGAGCGCAGAAGAUAUCUUAGAAAUGUUCUAAAAGAGGCGUGCCUCAUUUUCAGGGAUCAACCUGGCUUGUUGGGCCCAAGAGCGUUGAAUGUCUUUCAAAUGUUGGCGACGGCGAGGGAUGAAGUCUUAUGGUCGAUUCGGCAUUUUCCACGUGAUAACCAAAACAAAAAGACGCAAGAGGAGGAAUUCAAGGACAAGCAGCUCGUAGAGAUACUGUUUUACAUCGAGGACCUGCGCAAUUUGAUCCUGACGCAUCAGAAGAUCAUCCAAAAGUAUUACUGCUCUCUCAUGCAUCAGUUCAACGCGCCUGCGCUCAACGAACACUUGAAGAACUAUUCCGUGACUCCAGAAGAAGAGGCGGAAAUUUGUUCCUCCUUUGUUCAAAUUAUGUCGCAGCUCAGUCCAGUACCGAUUGAUGAUAACAAGAUGCCAGAUUUACGUGGCUUCCGGUUAGACUGGUUCCGAUUGCAAAGCUAUACGUCAGUGGCAAGGCCGAACAUGAAUCUCAUGGAAAUGGACAAAUUCGCAAAAUUUAUGAAUAACAAUUACUUCCACUCCGAACUCAUUGACAAUCUGCAUGGGUUGCUCGAGUAUACUUCUAAUUUGUCGUUGUUUUGUUGGUACCAGGAUAUUUUUCAGAAGAGUUUUAUGGACGCUGUCAAGUCUCGCAGCCGAUUUUGCGUGUCUUUGGUUUCAAUCUGUUCUCACUUCUCCCACGAGCGGCAUGAGCUGUGCCCAGAAGAAUUCCAAAUCCUUAAAAAAUUCUCGAUCGAGCCUGCGAAGAAGUUCUUAUCCGAGAUGGCCAACGAGGCAAAGAGAUUGAUGGUGCUGUUGUAUAAUCAGCAUGCAUCGCAGUCCGAUAAGCUCCUGCCGUUCAUGGCGGCUAGAAAGACUGACCAUGAAACUCCAAAGAAGAAGAAAAAUCGGAGAAAAGAGCAACGACUUACUAGUCCGGAUAGAAAUGAGCCUGGAGCAGAAUCGCAUAGAAGGGAUAGAACGGUCGUUACGGAGGUGGAUAAAAUUGACGGAGCCAUACAAGAAAUGGCGCUUGCUUUUACUCAUUUCCAAACGAUUACGAUCUGGAAUCAUAUUUUCACGCCAAAGGAAUUUUUUUACGAGCGUCUUGAGCGUGCCUUUCCUGCAAUUAUUGUAAAACUGGUCAACGCCGAACCCGAGAAAUCAACGAUCGAGAAGCCGUCGAUGAUGCUGAAUAAACUUUAUGGCUUCGUUGAUGUUAUGCAAUCAGUAGGGACCCUUAUCGACGCCGACGUUAGGCACAUAAUCUCUGAAGUGCUCCUGCAACAGACACAAACAACAAGUGCUUCUGGCGAAAAAACGAUGACCGCUUACUACGCAUCCUGGUAUCGGGAAGUUCUCCUCCGAAAAGCCACGGAUUUCCAGCGGGAAGUCAUCUUUUCGCCGAAUAAAGACAGUUUUGCAAAUUUUAAUCAACAAGAAAGACACAUGAUGGGAAUGAUGAAUCCGGAAGAUUACACCAAUCCUCAGGAACUGCGCGCCCUCGCGGAGCUACUUGGCCCAUUUGGAAUUCGUUUUAUCUUGGACAGCUUAUCAAUCCAGAUUUCCCAACAAAUCAAGGAGCUCCUCCAGCUCGUCAAGCAAAAUCGCAACCAUCUUCGCAUGCUCAGAACUUCAUUCGAAAAUCAUGAAAAAAUGAAUGAAACGACUGCUCAAUUGACGGAAAAAGAAACGUUCUUGAGUCGAUUGCAAGUGAUCGGAGUCAUCAUUGAAUUCCAACACUCGCUGCAGCGGGCGCUAGAAUAUGUGAUGGAAAAUCGAGUUCCGUAUCUGUUGGCGCCGAUCAAGGAAAUGCACUCGAGCAUCAGUAGUUUUGAAGAUUUGGACAAGCAGUUCAGACUUGUCGAGCUUUGCAGAGCGGCCGGUCUUAUCGCCGAUUUCGAUGUGACUCUUUGUAGACAUCUUUUUCAAAAUGUUCCGGCUGAUCCAAGCAAAAAAUAUGAAGAAUACGAAAACUGCUGCCUACUCCUCGUAUUCGCCGCAGUGACGAUUCCAUUUUUGGCGAAAGACCAGGACUCGGAAUAUAAUCCCGAUUUGGGGGGUCACAAAAAUAACACUCACUGUAUUGCCAAGGCGAUCAAUGUAGUUGCGACGGCGCUCUUUAUGGUCAACGUCAAGGCCCAAGAUGCCAACAGGGAGGAAGAAAUCGGCGCUAGAAUGGUCGAGUUUCUUGCGCUAGCGAGUUCAAGUUUGUUGAGAAUCGGAAACGAAACUGGUGUUCUUUCCAGAAAUCGCGAUGCUGUCUAUUUGCUUAUCGGAGAUAUUGUUAAAAAGUCAAAGCACCUGACAAUGGACAAACUCGAGACCUGCUUCCCUUACGUUCUUCUCCGCUACAGCUACGCAAGUGUCCAAGAUCGCUCUCGCUAA